AUGGAGAUGGUCGGGGACAUCACUGCUAGUGACAACUCCGCCUACAAGACGUUCUUCUCCGAGGACAACUGCCGAAAAUUCUACGUCGAGCUGUCCCAGAAGGCGGACAUCAGGCUCGAGGGCCGCUUGCCGCCUCUUGCCACAGAGCCGUGUGCAGGCGGGUCUCGCGUCUCGGCGGAGUGCAAGAGAGCGUGCGCCGCGGACGGGUGCUGCAGCGGCGACGACUGCAAAAGCUCGAGCACCGCGUGCUUCAGCGCGCCGGGCGGGGCCUCGGCGGAGGGCCUGGUCCGGGUCCAGGCCGCGCCGCGCGCCCCCGGCGCGGCGGAGGGCGGCGCGCCGCAGGCGGUGAGCUACUUCGACAAGGAGCUCCGGGAGCUGGAGGCUCUGCUCGCGCAGCCGGAGGCCCUGGAGCCCGGCGCGAAGAAGCAGUUCCAGAGCGGGGCGGUGUACGUGGGCGGCUGGAAGGGCAACAUGCGGCACGGCUUCGGGCGGCAGACCUGGCCGGACGGCGCGAUGUACGAGGGGGAGUGGCGGGAGAACCGUGCCCGAGGGAACGGCAAGUUCUCUCACAGCGACGGUGACUUGUAUGUGGGCCAGUGGGGGAACAACAUGGCCAACGGCGUGGGCGUCUACUACCAGAAGGGGGCCAACACCUACAAAGGCGAGUGGCGGGACGACCACCAGCACGGCCACGGCGUCGAGGUCUGGGUCGAGGGGGCGCGCUUCGAGGGCACCUUCGUGGAGGGCAAGAAGGAUGGCUAUGGCUGCUACUACUGGACCGACGGCGCCGUCUAUGAAGGCCGCUGGGUCGGCAACGCGAUCGCUGGAACCGGCGCGUACCAGUCCAGCGAUGGACGCCACUUCCGGGGCCAGUGGAGGGACUCCGUCAUCCAUGGCAUCGGAGAGUACAUCUGGCCAGGCGGGCGAGAGUACAGAGGCUGCUACGUAGAUGACCAGAAGCAGGGGUUCGGCACCUUCAAGUGGCCCGACGGCAGGAGGUACGAGGGCUUCUGGGCCGGCGGCAAGCAGAGCGGCCUCGGGCUCUACGCGACGAGGGAGGGCGUGCGUAAGCUGGCCGAGUGGGCAGACGGCAAGCGCAUCCGAGACGUGGAGGGCGGCCUCCCCGAGGGCGCGCUGCAGGCUGCCCCGCGGGCGUGA